ACACACACACACACACACACACACACACACACACACACACACACACACGUACGCACGCACACACAGUAACUUAGUAGCUUAGUAGCUUAGUACCAACGGGGCCUUCACAAAUCACAUAUCAACUCAACUAUCAAGCAUGUCCGCCCCAAGUGCAGAUGGCUCUGGUUCUGCAGGGACGUCUGGGGGUAACCGCAGACUGCAGCAGACGCAGGCACAGGUGGAUGAGGUGGUGGACAUCAUGAGAGUGAAUGUCGAUAAGGUCCUGGAACGAGACCAGAAGCUGUCCGAGUUGGACGACCGUGCUGACGCCCUGCAGGCCGGCGCUUCCCAGUUUGAGACCAGUGCUGCCAAACUAAAGAGAAAAUACUGGUGGAAGAACAUCAAGAUGUGGGCCAUUUUGAUAGCUGUGAUUUUGAUCAUCAUUGUCAUCAUCGUCAUCUGGUCGAAGUCAUAAAAACAGAAACCCGGUUAUGAUCGGAGGAGAAGCUUAGAGCAUCAGAAAGAAGAGAGAGAGAAUGAAUGAAUGAAUGCUCUUCCAAUACGUUCUAACCUGCUGAUUUUCAAAAGCAUAUCUUGUAAACUAUCCUCGAUGUUUGUUUUCUUUUUAUAGGUCUUUUGUUUUUAAUGACUAGGAUUCAAAUAUGUUCCCGAAUGCCAUUUCCAAGUGCAUCUAACACACUCCUCUGUGCAAAUGACUGACAGCGUACGGGUUACAACAUAACAAGCACGCUUUCGUCAUAUCACGUGGACAAAACGUAUCGACCAAAACCUCCAAAGCCAUUUGCCAAGAUCUGAUCUCUUUGAUGAAUCCCUCUAAGACUCUUCCAGCGCACGGGUCGUGAUCAGACACUCUCGAGUCUUUCUGGGCCAACGAGACAAAAGAGCCUUUCCUGAACAACCACAAACGUGCCUUUAAACAACUCCACUGCCAUCCGGAAACAACAGCACAGAACUUUUGCUCUGAUUUUACUCAGAAUAUCUGCACAAGAAUUAUAAAGAAGUUUGAGAUAUUAUUGAAAGAUCGAAUUUCGAAGUGAUAAUUUGCUAAUAAUUUAACUGCAUUAUACUUUUUGCCUCAUGUAGAAAUAGUUUGCUAGGAAAUAUCUUUGCUUAACGAGGAUUUCGGUAGUAUUUUGGUGUUUUCCUCACCUCUCGCUCACGGUGCCAAAACAUUUGAGUUUUUUUUUUUUUUUUUUUUAUGUAUCUCUUUGUAUGUUUCACGUGUAUAAAUUGUAAACAAGUGCAAUUCUAUGCUUGUGGCCUUACAAACUAUAUUAAUCUUGUUGAAUUGCCCAUGCUGGCUGAAUAAAACACGGAUUUAACAUC